AACCUAAACUUUGAAAGAUAUUAAGAAUAUUAUUUAAUCUUCCAAAGACUUAAAUUUUUUCAAUUGUUAUAAAGUGACAUAAUUAUAAAUAUGGAUUUAAAUAAUCAAGUUGGAAAUGCUGGACUUGAAGCUUCUUGCAGUAAUUUUGGAUCAGAGAGUUUAAGUGAAAGAAAAUACACACCAACAUGUUAUGAAACUCGAGAGACAAGCACUGGUUACAAUGAUUUAAGUUAUUAUCUUCCUAUAAUUGAAAAGAGUAACGAAUCAUUAAAUGUCAUGCAGGCAGAAAGUAAAGAUACAAAUGAAAAUUCGAAAAAGUGUGAAUCUGGUUUAAGUUCAAGUCAACAAUCCAAAGUAAAGUCUAUUUUAGAUUCUUUUAAAGAUUUAACUCACAUAGAGAAGUUGUAUUUUUAUUUUCAGAUGCCUUUUGAUCCGAAUGAUUCAGUUAAAUCAACUUGCAACUUUAAACCUGCCUGUAACUUCAAACCUGCUUGUAACUUAUCAAAUAAUAAAGAAGAUCAGACUCAAGCAUUUCAAUGGAUUCGCAACAAUUUGGAAGAAACUGACAGUAAUAUUAAUAUUCCUAAAUAUGAGGUCUAUGAAAAAUACAAGACUUAUUCUGAACUUCAAGGGACCAACUACUUAGCUGCCCCUGAUUUUGGAAAAAUUGUGAAGUGUAUAUUUCCUAAUGUUAAAGCUAGAAGAUUAGGUACAAGAGGCAACUCAAAGUACUGUUACAAUGGUUUAAAAAUAAAAGAAUCAAAGGAAAACAAUAAAAUUGGUUCUUGUGAUGGAUCUUCAUUAGAUCAAAUUGUUGCUGCAUCUUGUGUUGUUAUUUGUGAAUGGGCUAACAAAGUUCUUGGUCAUGUUUUUUCUACCAUAGUUGAGUUAGCCAAGUAUUUAAUUGCUGGAAGUUAUGCUUCUACUAAGUCAUUAUCAGCUUUUAUUGUGAUGUCUGCUUCAAAAGAGCAAGUAAAUAAUAUUAGUAAAAGAGUUAAUAUAAAUUCUUUGGUAAACGUUAAAUCCAUAGAGAGAGAUAAAGAAAACAUAACCCAACCAACUGAUACAGUGCAAGUUGUUCCUCACACUCAAAAGGGAUUUUCAAACGAACAAUUUUCACAAGAAAAAUACAUGAGUGCUCCGAAGAAAGCGUGCCCAACUGAUAUACUAUCUCCACAUUUGUCUCAUGACGGCUGUAGUAUUUUAACUCCAGCUGAAGACCAGCUCGAUUUAAAUGAUGAAAAUCAUGAUAUCAAUUUAAAACAACAGUCAUGCUUCUUUGCAUCGCAGAAAUGUUCUUCAGAGGAAUUUUCGCCGUUUAAAAGCAACACAACUCCUAAAAAAUUACGUCAAAAGUCUGUUAAAAACAAUUCACCUUAUUCAUCACGACAAAUCAAUACAUCUCCUUUUGUUCAGCGACAUGUGUUAUCUGCUCAAAAAACGAUGCUUUCUACUACACAGUCAUACGAUUUUUCAACAGAAUCUUCUAUUCAUCCAUACAGUUCUUCAAUUUGUUCAUUAGGUCAACCUUAUGAUUCUGCGACUCAGUCAGGGUACUCAGAUAUGAUGUCACCCUCAGAAAUUGAAUUUAAUAAGUUUGCUACCGAUGAGUUUUUAGCUCGAAAUCAAUUUUAUGCAGCUAAUCGUUGUCAGUCUGUUCCCUCGAUGAACAGGACAAAUGUUAGUGCUUAUCAUCCGUUAACCCCACAACAUUCUUCCAUUAAUGGACUUAGUGGAAAACUUGAUCAAAUGAAAGCAAAACGUAACUUAUGUUCUUUAUUUAAUGAGCCAAAUUUUUUCAAGAAUAACUCACAAUUUAAUAAUGAACCGAGCUUAUUCAAAAAUGAUACCUCACAAUUCAACAAUGAGCAAAGUUUAUUUAAAGAUGAUACCUCACAAUUUGCAAUGAAAAUUAAAAUGCAGAAUGAAAUUGACGAUAACAUUGAUUUCUUAAAACAAAUCGAAAAAAUUAAUGAACUAACAAAAAGUCAGUUAGAAUAUCAAAUCAGCACUCAACCAACGCACGUUUUAAAUAUCGAUCUAAAUGAUCUAUCUACUCCAGAUGAACUUUCUGAUUUGGCAUAUAGUUUUGAAGAUAUUGGAAGCCAAGAGCUUUUGGCCAGUUUUUCAACAUAGUCAUUAGUUUAUUAUUUCAGUUUCUUUUUGUUGCCUCGCGGUUUACUAAUUUUUUUUGUGGUUUAGUUUAGUAUUUCAGUCAAGAUGAUUGUUAAGUUUCUAGUAAGAGAAAAUUAUUUUUUGUGUACAAAGGUUUUAUUAAUAAAAGGAAAAAUAUAGGUAUAAUAUAUAAAAGAUAUUACUAG